AUGGAAACCGACUCGAAAAUGAGCUCUAAAGAAGUCCGUUUGGCUGCCAAUAUCGGGAGGAAUAAAUACUUUGCGAUUACUUUCGGAGCAAUCAUGGUGGUAUUCAUUGCUUGUUACUGGUAUUACGCAGCAUAUAUGAGAUUUGGGUCGCGAAGCCAUGGGCCACUUAUGCAGAAACUAUUGCAGCGUCGUCGCGCUGGAGCACGAUUUCUGAGCAAAAGUACCUUUGGUCUGCACCGGGAGAGGUGGAUAUUGUAUCUCAUCUACUGGGCUGUCAAUCUCAUUCUUGCUUUGACUGACGUUGACUUGACAAAUCUAAAAUAUGUUGCAAAACGUUUUGGCUGGAUGUCCGUGGCAAACUUCGUUCUACUAGUGUUCCUCGCCCUCAAGAAUACCCUCCUUGCGCCUCUAUCCGGACACUCCUACGAGAAAUUGCGUCCGCUGCACAAGACUGCAGGCUACACUUGCAUUGUGACCACAAUGCUGCAUGCUAGUAUAUAUCUGAGCUCAUAUGGGCUUUCUGGAGAUCUUGACAACAUGCGCGAGACGAGUAACAUUGCGGGUGGAAUUGCUGGACUGGCCAUGGUGAUCAUUGGUUUCUCAACCAUAACAUGGCUAGCCCGAAACUAUUAUGAAGCUUUCUAUGCCAUUCACAUCUCGAUGUUUUUUCUUAUCAUCGUCAUGGUCGGGAUGCAUCGACCCGACUUUGCUACAUCCACAUUGAUUAUUAUAAUCUUCACGGCAUGCUUGUGGCUUGCCGAUCGACUCUUACGGCUCGGCAAGCUAUGCUGGAAUUACUUCGGAAAUUAUGCCACUAUCACACCGAUGGCUGAUGGGGCAGUUCGAGUGAAACUUCACCGCCGUCUUCCCUGUACACCAGGAUCGCAUGCUUUUCUAUGGAUGCCGUCAAUACGCGUUUUCGAGACCCACCCAUUCACUCUCGUGAGUGCCGACCCUGCUGAAUUUCUUAUUCGGCAGUAUAACGGGUACACCCGGUCUCUGUACAAGGCCGCACAGGCACAACCGGGGAAGGUUAUUCGAUGUUCGGUCGACGGGCCCUACGGCCAGGUGCCCGAUUUCAUGAAUUUUGAUCGGGUUAUCUUGAUUGCUGGUGGAAGCGGCGCCACAUUCACCAUUUCGAUUGCCUUGAAUAUGAUCAGAGACGCUGCCGCUGCUAACGUGAGCAAGACUGUUGAUUUUAUCUGGGCAGUCAAACAUUCAGAAUCGCUCAGAUGGUUUGAGCAAGAGCUACAGGAGCUGCAGGAUAGCUCCCGUGUGAAUUUUCUCGUAUAUGUCUCUAGAGAUGAUCCUGGCUCGGAUUCCUCAAGCCUGGAUUCAACUGGAUUGAUUGGAGACCUAGAGAAGAGCAAAGAAGGGAUAACGGGCCAGACAAUUCAUCUAGUUGGUGUCCGCAAAGGGCGUCCGGACAUACCGAACCUCGUCGCAUAUUGCAUUUCUCAAUGUGGUAUAGAGAGUCGCAUUGGUGUGGGCGCCUGCGGCCCAGCUCAAAUGAUCAAAGCGAUUCGAGAAACCGUUUCAAAGGAGACCUAUGACAAAGGACCUUCUACUACUUUGCAUACUGAAGUAAGUUGCUAA